GUUUCAAGGAUCGAGGUGUUUCAUGUUUACUAACCUAUCCCCCUCUUUACAAAUGGAAAAAUAAAUUAAAAAUAAUGGAUUUUCUAAGAAAAUUACCGUGGACACUCAUCCGGGCUUCCCAGGUAUCGUCCAGUAGAAGGAUUCACUCUAAUUUCGUGUUCCUGAAGAGGCGAAAAACAGCUGAAGAAAAGAAAUCCCCGAGAAUCAUUGAAUAUGCUCCGAAGAAGUCCAAUAAGAUCGUCCUUUCCGGCGUAGUGGACGUCUGGCGGAAUAUGACAGUGGAGGAAUUGGCUAAAUCAGCACAGAAAUCCCUGGAACACAUCCAGGAAGUGAUGCUCUAUGUUCCGGGAGUGGAUGAUCUCGAGUCUGAUGCUCGUCUGCAUGAUGUGAAGAUAAUUAAGGAAAUUCUAGAAAAAUGUGGGAUGAAGAUGAAGAUUGUGGCUCCUCCGGAUACAGCAGAGACUAUUGUAAAAGACAAGGAUGUCUUUUCACGUCCACCAGCCAAUCCUGAAGAGUUACAACCCAGAUUUCCCAUUGUGACUGUAAUGGGGCAUGUAGAUCACGGAAAAACCACCCUCCUGGACACUCUAAGGGGUGCUUCUGUGGCAGCUGGUGAAGCUGGUGGGAUAACACAGCAUAUUGGAGCUUUCACCGUUGAACUGGAGAGUGGGGAAAAGGUUACCUUCUUGGAUACACCUGGUCAUGCGGCUUUCAGUGCAAUGCGCGCACGAGGAGCUAAUUGCACUGAUAUAAUUGUACUGGUGGUGGCUGCAGAAGAUGGUGUCAUGCAACAAACGAAGGAGGUUGUGCGCCUCGCAGAGGAUGCUGGAGUACCCAUAAUUGUGGCCAUCAAUAAGAUUGAUAAGCCUGAAGCGGAUGUAGAGCGAACAAAAAGGGAUCUCAUGCAGCUGGGAUUAGCACUUGAGGGACAUGGUGGGGAUAUUCAGGUCGUGCCUAUCUCAGCCCUAAAAGGCACGAAUCUCACGGAACUCACAGAGACCAUCAGUGCACAGGCCACAAUGAUGGGCAUCAAGGCGGAUUUCAAGGGGUUCGUUGAGGGAAUUGUAAUUGAAUCAAAGAUUGAUAAAUUCCGCGGGAAGCUCUCCACGACCAUUGUGACACGUGGGACACUACGAAAGGGAGCUGUUCUCGUGAGUGGGACGGCUUAUGCAAAAGUCCGCGGGUUGUUUGAUCAUGCUGGAAAGCCGAUGGAAUGUGCACCACCGGGGACACCGGUUGAAAUCCUCGGAUGGCGUGACCUCCCGCUUGCUGGUGAGCAAGUUCUAGAGGUGGAGAGUGAGAAGAAGGCUAGCUCUGUAAUACGGUUCCGGAAGGGACAGCAAAUGGAGGAGAAGAUCGAAAAUGAUCGAGAGGCUAUACUCAAGAAGGAAUUGGAGCAUCUGGAAAAGUAUCGAGCAGAACGAGAUGCGAGACGGAAGAUGGGCUUUUUCAAGAGUCGCCAAAAAGGUCCGCGACAGAAGGAGAUUCAGGAUGACGAUGGUACACCAUGCGUAAAUAUUAUCCUCAAGGGUGAUGUGCACGGGUCCGUUGAGGCAAUCCUAAAUGUUUUGGAUUCGUACGAUGAUUCAGAAAAGUGCCGCCUUAAUAUAGUUCAUUAUGGUGUGGGGAAUGUUUCAGAGGGCGAUGUAGAAUUGUCCAAGACAUUCAAUGCCAUCAUCUAUGCCUUUUCCGUUGAUUCCUCCGUGGCAACAAAGAGCAAAGCACCUGUGCGAGAUUUCAAAGUGAUCUAUCACCUUGUAAAUGAUCUCAAGGAUGAGAUCAGUAGCAAACUUCCACCACUGGAGGUGGAGGAAAUUGUCGGUGAGGCGAAUGUACUGCAAAUCUUCCAGAUCACGGAAGGAAAGAAGGAAGUCACAGUGCUGGGAUGUCGAUGUACGAAGGGAAUGCUCAAAAAGAAGCUCAACUUCAAAAUCGUGCGACAAGGUGAAAUUAUCUACAAAGGAAGUCUGGAAUCCAUGAGACAUUUAAAGAACGAAGUUGAUUCCAUAAAAAAUGAUACAGAGUGUGGUCUAAAGCUCAAAGAUUUGUCAUGCGAAGUGAAGCCAGGAGACAUCAUUUACUGCUACUCCGUUGGUGAGAAAGCCCAGACAACAGCGUGGGAUCCUGGAUUCUGAACAUCUUCCUCCAGCCAACAUUGCUGCUAUUUCCUGCCGGUACUAGAAGACUUGUAUUAGGAAUUAGUAAAUAUAUAAAUCAACAUA